CCUCCUGCAGCUUUAUGUUUCCCGUGGCAGGUGGUUUGGGUCCCCCUCAAGGGAUGAUUCCUAUGCAACAGCAAGGAUUCCCAAUGGUUCCUGUCAUGCAGACCAAUAUGCCAGGGAUGAUGGGAAUGAAUUAUGGCUCUCAGAUGCCACCUGGACCCAUGGCCAUGCAGGGUGGCAUGGCCCUGGGGCCGAUGCCCACAGCUGGAAUGCCCUACAUGGGACAGGCUUCGUUCCUGGGAAUGCGCCCGGCCACCCCGCAGUACACCCCGGACAUGCAGAAACAAUUUGCAGAGGAGCAGCAGAAGAGGUUUGAGCAUCAGCAGAAAUUCUUGGAGGAAGAAAGAAAACGGCGGCAGUUUGAAGAGCAGAAACAAAAGCUGAGACUCCUGAGCAGUGUGAAACCGAAGACAGGUGAAAAAAGCAGAGAUGACGCUUUGGAAGCCAUUAAAGGGAACUUAGAUGGCUUUUCUAGAGAUGCUAAAAUGCACCCAACACCAGCAGCACAUCCAAAAAAACCAGAUCAUCCCACACCAUCCCAUUCUGCUGUAUCUGUUUCCCAUUCUGCUUUUCUCGAUGAUGAAGAAUUUAGUGACUUUAUGCAAGGGCCUGUUGAAACCCCCAAACUGGUGCCUCAAUCCACCUCUCAGCCUUUCCAUCCUGCCACUGAGGCUGGGCAGCUGCUUUCAGAGAGGGCUGUGCUCCAAACUCUCCCUCCAGCCCAGGCUCCAGUGUUAUCCACCCUGCAUGGUACAACUGGGCAGGUUCCUUAUUUUCCUACCUCUGCAUCUUCAUCCAGUACCCAUAAACCAGGCUCUUCCUUGGAGGAGAAAGCYUUAGCUAAUGGCUCAGAUGAAUCUGAACAAGAGCAAACCAAACUUAAAACAUCCGAAGUUGGGCACAAAGCCUCGGCUGCAAGCCAAGCCCAUCCCAGUCUCACCAGCAGUGACUGGGAUGUUGUAGGUGGACAUGAAAGUGGUCCCACUGCUGCUGCAGAGGUGCACAAGGCUUCAGAACAAAACAGAGCAGUUGAAGAGUGUGGAGUUGGAGUGUUCCCUCCCCAGGACCCCAUCCAGCAAAUGAUGCCUCCCUGGAUUUACAAYGACAGCUUGGUCCCAGAUCUGUAUAAGAAAAUCUUGGAAACCACUUUGACUCCUGCUGGAAUAGACACAGCUAAACUGUACCCCAUCCUGAUGUCGUCGGGACUGCCCAGGGAGACCCUGGGGCAGAUUUGGGCUUUGGCCAACCGUACCACCCCCGGGAAGCUCACCAAGGAGGAGCUCUACUCCGUGCUGGCCAUGAUAGCAGUGACCCAGAGAGGGAUCCCCGCCGUGAGCCCUGACGUGCUGAACCAGUUCCCAGCCGCGCCCGUCCCCACCCUGUCCGGGUUCCCGGUGCCUCUGCCCGGCGGGGUGAGCCAGCCCCCGCUGCUUCCCGCGGCUCCUCCRGCCUCCGUGGGGCUGGGCAUGGGACCCUCCGUGAUGGGCAUGAGCAUCCCGGCUCCAACUCCAGCCCCAGCCCCGGCUCCAGCCCCUGCUCCAGCGGGAGGAGCUGCAGCACAGCCUUCGGGAGCCUUCCUGCCCUCCUACCCUCCCGGCCCGGUAGUAAAACCAGAAGAUGAUGACUUCCAGGAGUUUCAGGAUGCCUCAAAGUCUGGCUCCCUGGAUGACUCUUUCACUGAUUUCCAGGGGGAUGCAGCCAAAGCAGCCUCUUCACAGCACCGGAGCAGUGUUCCUUCUUUACUAAUGCCAGUCCCAGGUAAUAAGCCGCUCUCACCAGCUGAUAAAUAUGCUGUGUUUAAAGGAAUGGCAGCUGAGAAGCCUUCUGAGARUGCAGCUGCUUUUGGAGAUGGAGGGGACAAGUACAGCGCUUUCCGGGAAUUAGAGCAACCAGCAGAGAGCAAAUACUUGGGAGACAACCUUGCAGAGUUCAAGCCCGCGGGAGCCGACGAUGGUUUCACAGAUUUCAAAACCGCUGACAGCAUCUCCCCAUUAGAACCACCCUCAAAAGAUAAAACCUUCCCUGCUCCUUUCCCUCCUCUGCCCACUCAGCCAAAACAGCCAACACAAACCAAGGCCCCUUUGAAUCUGGCAGACCUGGAGCUCUUUUCCUCCCCUGGAGAAAACAAGCAGCCAUCCUUUCCACCUGCGUUUAACACCUCAAAACCGGGCUCCUUUCCCCCACCACCCGUCCCAUCUGCCUCCUCUGCCCAGCCAGCACCCAGCAAAACUUCAAGCUUAGCUGAUGACUUUGGAGAGUUCAACCUUUUUGGGGAAUUUUCUAACGGCGCAUCAGCCAGCGGACAAGAUGACUUUGCAGAUUUUAUGGCGUUCAACAACAGCGGGGGCUUUUCCGAACAAAAACCCGAUGACAAAUACAAUGCACUCAAGCUGGAGGCCGGCCCCACUGCUCAGGCUGGCUCUGCCAGCACAUCCAAGGGUGGGCAAAGCUCUGCCACCACUGCUACCCCCACCAAAUAUGACAUCUUCAAGCAGCUGUCCCUGGAAGGCUCCGCAGCGGGCUUCGAGGAGGCGAAGGACAGCGCGCUCUCCUCGGUGAAGAGCGAUGAUGACUUUGCUGACUUCCACUCCAAGUUUUCUUCCAGCGGCGCCGAGAARUCGCUGGUGGACAAAGUGGCAGCUUUCAAGCAGGCCAAAGAAGAUUCUGCCUCGGUGAAGUCCYUGGAUCUGCCUUCCAUCGGCGGCAGCAGCGUGGGCAAGGAGGACUCCGAAGACGCGCUGUCUGUUCAGUUUGACAUGAAACUGGCUGAUGUGGGAGGAGAUCUUAAGCAUGUCAUGUCUGAUAGCUCUUUGGAUUUGCCAACAGUUAGUGGCCAGCAUCCACCAGCAGCAGAUGUGGAUGACUUAAAGUGUGGCCCGUUUGGAAGYUGCCACAGUGGUUCUGCUGUCAGCAGCCUGGCCAGCUACGACUGCUCCAGCUCCGACAGGGACGACAUCCAGCAGGGCAAGAAACUCUCCUGCUCUUCCCAGCCCGCGGGGAGCGGCUUCUCCGCGGCCACCUCUGUCCUCCAGAAGAAGGAGACCUUGUUUGGCAGCUCGGAAAACAUCACCAUGACAACAGUUUCCAAAGUGACAACCUUUUCCAGCGAGGAUGCUUCGCAGGAUGUUUCCUUYGCAGCCUUUGCAAACUUUAAAGACUCGGGGUCGGUGUCGGGCGGUCCGAGCGAUGAUGAUAUCGGAGAUUUUGGGGAUUUUGCCAGACCUCCCUCUGAUGCUCAGGAUGCAGCAGCAGCUGAUGCUGCCCUGGGUGCUGAUUUCCUGGCUGGAGUCUCCUCUGAGCUGCGGAGAGAGGCCACAGAUGACUUUGGGGAGUUCCAGAGCGAAAAACCAAAAAUCAGCAAGUUCGACUUCUUGGUGGCGACUUCUCAAGGCAAAGUGAAAUCCAGUGAGGAGAUGAUCAGGAGUGAGCUGGCCACCUUUGAUCURUCUGUGCAAGGGUCUCAUAAGAGGAGCCUGAGCUUGGGUGACAGAGAAAUAAAUCGCUCCUCACCUUUGCCAACUCUGGAGCAGCCAUUCAGGGACAGAUCCAACACUCUGAGUGAGAAACCAGCACUGCCUGUGAUCAGGGACAAGUACAAGGACCUGACUGGGGAGGUGGAGGAGAGCGAGAGGUACGCCUAUGAGUGGCAGAGGUGCCUGGAGAGUGCCCUGCAGGUCAUAAAGAAAGCAAAUGACACCUUAAAUGGAAUAAGCAGUUCAUCUGUUUGCACUGAAGUUAUCCAGUCUGCUCAAGGCAUGGAAUAUUUACUAGGGGUUGUUGAAGUCUACAGAGUGACAAAGAGGGUGGAACUGGGCAUCAAAGCAACUGCUGUGUGCAGUGAGAAACUCCAGCAGCUGCUGAAGGAUAUUGAUAAAGUGUGGAACAACCUGAUCAGCUUCAUGUCUCUGGCUGCUUUAACGCCUGAUGAAAACUCCCUGGAUUUCUCUUCUUGUAUGCUGCGCCCAGGGAUUAAAAAUGCCCAGGAUCUUGCUUGUGGAGUGUGUCUCCUAAACGUGGAUUCCAGAAGCAAAAAAGAAGAGAAACCUGUGGAAGAACUUCCCAAAAAAGCCUUUAAUUCUGAGACAGAUAACUUCAAGCUGGCAUAUGGAGGGCACCAAUACCAUGCCAGCUGUGCAAAYUUCUGGAUCAACUGCGUGGAGCCCAAACCUCCAGGUCUCAUCCUGCCAGAYCUGCUCUGAAAGCAGCUGCACUGCAAGGUGGAGCUUUGGGGUAAUCGUGCAAAAGGACUUGGGGGAACUGCUGUGGUGGAGAGGCUGGAGCUGGGGUUGGGGUUUGAAACGUUUGGGGUUGAUUUUUGGACCCAAAAAUCAACAAAUUAAAGCUGCUGUUACCAUUACACUUGUAAUGGCCAAGGUUUCAGAAAUAACCAGAAAAUAUGUAGUAUUACAGAAAAAAAAAAAGGUGGCAUUUCAGUCUUUCUGAAGAUGAAAAUAUGUUAUCCUGGGUAAAAGCAGCCWGGUAAUGUGCAUAAACCUGGGAGAGGCUAGCAUGGAGCUUCCCAGAGAACCUGGAAUGCUGAUUUGCAUAGAAAUGAGCACUUAAAUACUUGAAGUCUGUAUUUGCAAGCAAAUCUUUUCUUUAACGUUUUGGRGACAUGGACCUCGGUGUUGUUUAAGUAUUUGCUGCUGUGAUAUCACAGCACAUGAGUCACAGCAGCAUCCGAGGCAGAAUGAAUUAUUGACUCYGAAGGAGAAGCUGCUGUGUGUUUGYAAUUCCACUGCUCUGUGUUGGAAGUUGUGCUGGAGGCAGAACUGGUUAAUGCUGGGAGUAAGAACUGGAAAACUGCUGGAAUUUUCCCUGUGCUGUCUGGAUCCUGUAGUACAGGCAGCUGGAGUUUAAAACUCUUUGUUGUAAAUACAGAUAAAAGUCCCUGGAUUUGUCCUGAGCUCCUGAGGUGUGAUGAUGUCUCUCCUGACCUUUUUGGAGUUGCAGCAGUGCUGGGAGCUGGGCUGUGCUGAUGCAGCACAUCUGCUCCUGUGUAGAUACUUUACCUUUUUUGGCUGUGGAGAUGCUGUUCCUGCUGGCAUGGGAURGUUGUGGGUGACUCGUGCUACCUGUAGUAACGUGUUGUGUGACUCAGAGCUGGCUCCUGCAGCAGGGAUGGGAUUUAACAGCYAAAGGGAUUGAAGGCUGGAGGGUGGUGGUCUCAGCAGGCAGUUUGUCCCUSCUGGUUGGUGGCUUUUGGAGGUGCCUCUCUGGACAGSUUGGCUCUAACUAAAAUAGGRUGUAAAUCUAUGGGGUGCAAU